CACGGGUGUCUCGUUAGGUCUGGACGAAUCCAUUUCGAUUGAAAAUGCGUUGGGGCGUCGCAGUAGCUUUCCGCUCAAAACCAUUCGACUACGCAAUUUGAUGCCGGUGCGGACCACCAUGAUCUUGUACAACUUGCUCUACAACGACAUGUACUUUAUUCCUACCAACACGAGCCUUAUCCGCAACACGCCGAGCUUCUUUGGCCAUGUGGCGCCGUUGGCCAUUGAAGCCAGCAUCCAGGGGUACCCGCUCUCGGCCUUGAACGCUGUCGUGCACGCAGCGAUUGGCCCGCUUGGCGCCAUUGAUGCGAUCUGGCUGCCACCGCCGUCCGCGUGGCGCCAGCACGUGCGAGCGUUCCAUCGCGACGCCGUAGCGCGCAUAGCACGCAACCGCACGCUUCACGAGCUCUUCCAGGCAAGCAUGGCGACGAUCGAGGUGCAGCCUGCCGUGUGGGCCCAAGACACGAGGUCGCAGUACUUUGGCCACUUUUUCUGCGGCAACAACCGCGCACUGCCCUUUGUGCAAGAAACGUUUGGGUUCAACGACGUGUGCAGCAGCCAAGAGCCGCUCAGCGUGCCCUUGCGCGGCCUCAAUACCGUCUUUGCGCUGACACUGACGCCAAUAGCAUAUGCAAAGUCCUUCUUUUGUGCCCAAGGCCGACACGACCACGACGCGGUAGCAUGCAUCGCCGCCUUGGACGCUGCAGAGCAGCUACGGGCUGCGCUGUGCCCCAACGUGUCGGCGGUCAACGUCGCCGCGCUCGAGCCGCUUGAGCUCGGCUUCCCACAGCUCGUCUUGCGCAGCCCUCGUGGCAUUACGCUGGAGAGGCUCCUGAUGCUCGACCCGUCUUGGCUCUUCUUUGGUCACAUGGCACUCUUCGACUAUGCGAUGCACGAUCGCGAAGCUCUUUCGAUCCAAGGCGACGUCCAGUCACUCAACGUCCUCUCGACGUUCUAUGUACCGAUCCCAGCACCAGUGCCACCGGCGCCGUCGAUGGCCAUCGGGUCGUUCUUCUGGCUGGUCGUGGCCAGUGUGUCCUCGACGUACGCUUGCCUCGCGCUGGUCGCACUCGUGUUGCACACGCGUACAUGCCACGUGAAGUACGUGCCGACGCACUGGGUCUUUGCAACCCCCGCCCUCAGCGCGGUUUGGAUGAGCCGCAAUGUACUUCUGCUACGGGGCGUCGCUGCGAUGGCGUGUUUGGCGACGGCAACGGUGGAAGUGGCCUCGCCAUUUCCCAGUGUUGCACGCCUCGUGCCCCGCCGUCGAUCGCUCUUUUACUCGAUGCUCUUGAGCAGCGACGCGCUUUGGCUAAGCUACGCUCUCCAAGGCGUGCUCUUGCCGAUCACAUUUUGCUACUUUGUACGCUAUGGCCUUGGCGCACUCGCGCUAACAUGGUGCCUUGUCGUCGCCAUUGAUGUGGUCGCCCCCGUCGAGAUCUCGGCCACGCUCACACGGUCCUGCCACAUGCAAAAUAUGGACUCGAUGCUCUACUGCGAUAGCGGCAAUGUGGUCAUUGGCCGCGUGGACCGACUCGUGCUGCUGUGCCUUGCCCAGAUCGGCGUCGUCCUCUGCAGCGCGAUUCUUGGGUGGGUGCGCACGCGUCGCCAACCUCGAGCGGUGCCUGCCCACCCGCUCUUGCCGCUUGCACUUGUCGCGAUGCGCAGCGACGUGGGCCGGCUCAGCGCCGCGACCGCAGCUCUUUGCGGCUUGUGCUACGUCCAGUGGCACGGCACGUCGUAUGCGUUUGACAUCAAGCUCUGGCGGCUGCUCGUGGUGCGAAGCAGCAACAUUUUGAAGGUUAACACUGUCGCGCCCUUUGACGCCGACGCGCCUGUCGCGGGGCCGGCGCCAAUGCAGGCGCAUCUCACCGAGCCGACGCGCUGGUACGUUUACACGCACGUGUUGGCGGCGGUCGCCUACCUUGUUUGCACCGUGUACGCCAAUGCGGCGUACGUCGGCGCGCUCACAACGUCCCUCGCCAACGACUUUGGCUGGGAAGCGUUCAACACGACGGGCACACAUGCCGUCUGA